AUGGCACUAGGUGAUUCCUUUGAGGCCGGGGCUCCUCAAACCCGCCAACAAAGCCAAAAGUUUGCGGUAAGCAUUGGCUACUGGCAUGACCCUUACAUCCAGCAUUUGGUAAGACUGUCUAAGGAGAGGAAGGCCCCCGAAAUUAACAGAGGAUAUGUUGCUCGCGUCCAUGGCGUCAGUCAGCUUAUAAAGGCAUUUCUACGGAAGACAGAAUGUCCCUGUCAGAUUCUAAAUCUUGGGGCUGGGAUGGAUACCAUCUUCUGGAGACUCAAGGACGAAGAUCUUCUCCCAAGUAAAUAUUUUGAAGUGGACUUUCCCAUGAUAGUCACGAGAAAGCUGCACAGCAUCAAAUACAAGCCUUUUUUAUUACAACCCAUUAUAGAAUUACAUUCAGAGGACACACUGCAAAUUGAUGGACACCUGUUGGAUUCAAAGAGCUAUGCCAUUAUUGGAGCAGAUCUCCGAGAUUCACCUGAACUCGAAGAGAAGCUAAAGAAAUGGAACAUGAAUCCACAAUUGCCAACACUGCUGAUAACGGAACGCGUGCUGGUUUACAAGACUCCGGAGCAGUCGGCCAACCUUCUCAAGUGGGCAGCUAACAGUUUUGAGACAGCUAUGUUCAUAAACUACGAACAGGUGAACAUGGACGACCGGUUCGGACAGAUCGUGAUCGAAAACCUGCGGAGGCGACAGUGUGACCUGGCGGGAGUGGAGACCUGCAAGUCGUGAGAGUCACAGAAAGAACGGCUCCUGUCGAACGGGUGGGAACCAGCAUCGGCCAUCGACGUGAUGGAAGCGUACAGCAGACUGCCUCAAGCUGAAGCGAGCAGGUGCGGACUGGCGAGAGUCAGUUUCACGGCGAACAAUUCUGUAACAGAUCUUCACUGAGGACUUCUGUUUUCUCGGCUCUGUGGGGAAAAAUGAAAAGCUCAGAGUCAGAAAUCCAGAAAUGCAAAGGAACUCGUGAAAUGUAACAAUUAUUAUCCCAGAGUUUAAAACAAAACAGCUAGGGACGGACGCCUGGGUGGCUCGGUCGGUCGAGCGUUCAACUCUUGACUUCAGCUCAGGUCAUGAUCCAGGGUCGUGGGAUCAAACCCCACGUCGGGCUCUGUGUGCAGGGUGGCGCCUGCUUGGGGUUCUCUCCGUCUCCCUCGGCCCCUGUCUCCCCCCGUUCCCCGCUUGUGUAUGCACGCUCUCUCUCUCUAAAAUAAGAAAAUAAAAAAUAAACAAAACAGGUAGAAAUGAAUGAUAACGUGGAGAGAAAUUCCACCAAUGUUGACAUCAGAGGGCUCCUUGAGCAAAACCAAAGAAAAAAACCAGCAAACAAAAGUCUGCAAAGAAUAGCAACCCCAAACAAGAACAAAGCCUCAAGACCAGUGGCUCCCAGACCUGGGCGUGUAUAGAAUCACUGAGGGUGGGGAGUGUGCGGAUUUAAAAUGCCAGUGUCCAGGCCUCACCUCUGUUCAAAAGCAGGUCUGGAACACGAUCCUGCUUCUUGAAGAGGCCCUUUCCUCCCAGAAUUCCAUGGCCGAGACCCACAGGCCACCCUUGGAGAAAAGACUGCUCUAGAGGCGCCUCGCUGGCUCAGUCGGUAGAAUGUGCAACUCUAGAUCUGGGGGUCAUGAGUUUGAGCCCCACAUUGGGCAUGGAGCCUACUUAAAAUAAAUUAAAAAAAAUAAAAUAAAAAAAGACCGCUGUAGAGAAGCUGAACCUUCAGUUCCUAAAACGAUCAUUUCUGAGCUUCACAGCCUUACUGAAACAAGUCUGUCACAAAUCCAGGAACGUGAUUCAACUACACACACAAAUAGUUAACAACUGAGUACUCCUUCCUUCAGGCCUCUCAUCUUUACUUUACAAAGAAACAAAGUAUUUGCACAGCUUUCUCCCACUCAUGCUUUCCAAUUAUCAUUAACUAUGUAGACCUUUCCAGAAAGCCGACCUGGCGGCCAUCAAUCGGCAGAGGAACAGCCUGAGUUGCUCGAGCCUCAGUUGCCAGAUCACGGUACUUUCCGAGGACUCCUCUGCAGUCCAAAGGGGCAGCACUGUUGCUGUACGUAAUACCCAGAUGGCAAUCGAGGUGCCAUAGUGGGACUUCUGGAUCAAACAGGAUUUAAGUCGAGUCAUUUGACACCCCUGUAAUCAAGUCAUUUGAUUACAAAGGAAAUCAAUGUAUUUAUUAUCCUUUUUCUCAUUUUACCAACUAGACCCUUUGCUUUCAAUUUAGAGGUACUUUACCUAAAAAGGUAUCUGGAGACUGAAAUCUACGUGGAACAUAUUAUAUGAAAAUGUUAACAUACAGCUUGAGAACAAGUGGACACUAUGUUUCCUGCCUUUAUGGACACUCAGCCACAUAUUACAUUGAUAAAAUGAAUUUUAGAAAGAGAUCCAAUAUCUCUCCUUAAUCAGAUUUAUUUCUGGGCUCUCUAGUCUGUUCCAUUUAUGUAUCUUUUUUAUGCCAAUACCAUCCUAUUUUGAUGACUACUGCUUUGUAAUAUACAGCCGACCCUUGAACAACAUAGGAGUUAGGGGUGUUGACCCUGUGCAGUGAAAAAUUGGCACGUAACUUUUAACUCCCUGAAAACUUAACUACUAGUAGCUACUGUUGACCAGAAACAUCACUGAGAACAUAAAUAGUUGGUUAAUAUGAAUUAUAUGUUAUGUGCAUUGUUUAAUGUAUUCUUACAAUAAAGAAAGUUAGAAAAUGUAAUUACUUUUUAA